AGCACAAUUCAAAGAUUCGUCUUUCGGUCGUGCAACACUCAACUAGCCAGCAAACAGCUUCGAAUCGUCGCGUUCCGCUUAGCAGCUUACAAGUUUAGUCGCUCGUGCUCGUCUUUCACACGGAUACGCUGCCGCCGCACUAAAUAAACUGAACUUUUUGCUCGUGCAAACAUUUCGAUUUUUUUGUUGUGGUGCGCCUUUAGCCUCGCGGCAACGGAUGCAGUAAUUUUCUCUGCUUGCCUAAUGCUUUAGUCGCUGGUGCUUUGUUUUUGUUGUGUGGCGUAAAUUGUACUUUGCAGUGUUACAGUGCACGACUUGCAAUUGUGACAGCGAUUUGCUGUAGUUUAAAAACCAAAUAAACAAAAAAUUAAAUUAAAGCGAAAUAGCACAAGCUUCGCUGUCGCCUUGCCGUGAAGCGGCAAAUUCGUAAAAACGAAAUUAAAUGUGCAAAGAUUUGCAAUAGCAAGCAUAACAGAAUUUGCAGUUUGUUGUUGUUGUGUGUGUAACACUGUGCGGCGUUCAAUCCGCGACAUUUGCGUGAACGGUAACGGUAGUUAUGUUGCAUAGACGACAAUGCUGAGUGACACUUGUGAUGUUGGCACCUUUUCGGUUGAUCUAUUGAGUGUGUUUUAGUGUGAAAAAUUGUUGUUGCGCAAACUAGUCCUUUCAACGAACCCAACAACUUCUUAUUACAACAACAAUAUUCAAAUAAAUAAAAAUACAAAGCGCUGAGGUCGCGUUACCUUCUCUGGAUUAAAAUAGCAGCGAAAUGCGGACACACCUAUGCAUUUGCCUUUUAGCUUUUGGCAUCUUGAAUGUCCGUUCUGCAGCCGCAACCGAAGCAGCCGCCAGCAAUGUGCAGCCAACCUCUGCGGCCACAUUGUCGGAAGCCACAUCGCUUACAGCGACGCUAGCCACUGCGCCGGCGACGGAUGAGACGCCUAAAGAUAAACGGCAGGUCGGUGCCAAAGACGAAGCGGUAUACCCGAACCACCGCGCCGACACCGCCGAUGCUGAUGACCCGGAAAAUCCGCAGGAAACCAUCUACGGCCCAAAACCAACACAAUUCCUCAUUCGCCCCAUUGCGCCACACGAUCACCAGCAGCACGAAGAGCAUCAAGCGCCGCAGUUGCGUAAUUAUCCGGCGACAAUAAGACCGCACGGCACGCAAUUGCUGGAGCAGAGUCAGGAGAUCCAACAUUUCGCCUAUCUGCAAGACAUUAACCGCAAUCACCCGAAGUCGACAGCCUCCGCUUCCGAAUUAACCGGGAAGCCACGUACGGCACAACAACAGAAGAAAGCUUCGAAAUCAGGACGUGCCCAUAUAUCACCUUCACAAUAUCGUGGAAAUGCCGAAGAAGCUGAACAGCGUUAUGCGGUCGCCAUUCAGCCGCCGAACCCAACAGCCGCGCAAGCUCCUCAUUACGCAGCGCCACCAACACAAAUUGUGCCGCGUUACCAGCAGCUGGGACCACAAUAUCAACAACCAGGAGCCGGCGCACCGCAGCAGCCAUACCAAAUUAUACCCGAAGAAGAAUUUCUUAAGCUUUUGGAGGAUGAGUUGCGUGCGCGAGCCUUCCAUGAAGCGCAAUACCGUCAGCAACAGGCUGCACAUGCACCUUCUCCCAGUAAAGGCCAACCUUUGCCACUGCCUGCUGAACGUGUAGGUCAAGGUUUAGGCAACUAUCGUCAACACGCGCAGCCACAGUCACAAUCUCCCGUCGAAGAGCCAAUACCCGAAUUUGUACAAUAUGUUCCACGUCACCGCGGUGGCCCCAAAUACCUGCCUCAACCACAACCGCAGCCGCAACCGCAGCCACAACAAGGUGACCCACAAACUGUUGAUCCAUCAGCCGACGUGCCACCACCACCGCACAUACCGCCGCAACUGGCAUACUACCAACCACAAGUGAGCUAUAAAACAUUGCCAAAUCACCCACUAGCAAAGUCAUCGCUGGAGAAUGAAAUCGAAAAGCUGCUUGCUGCGAAUAAACCUUCACCCAAUCAGCUGACGGAUAAUUCCAAUGAACCAUCUGGCGUAGUACACCAACACCAGCAAGCUCCGCAACAACAGUUGCAGCCACACCCGGAGCCGCGGCCACGCCCAUACGCUUUGCAACAGAAAAUUUAUUCCUCUCCAAGCGGAUCCCAACCCACACCCACACCACUAGUAGAUGCCAAUAAUCAACCGUUUAUACCGUCCUUGUUUAGAUUUAGCAACAUACAACAACCGACGCCGAUUUACCCCACACAAGUGCCGCAACACAUUGUGGACGCCAAGAAAUUGGGUCCAGUGGUGUACCCUCCAACGCAGUCUCCCACGACGGUACAACAGCCACAACCCACACAGUACUUCUACCAAGAACUAAAUCCAACAACCAGACCCAAAGCACGCUCAAAACACUAUGGCACGAAAGUUUCAACAUCUUCACCAAAGUUACGCGAGAAAGAACCGCCAAAUUAUCCAAACGUACCAGCCGCAGCCAAGUAUAUUAACCCCCAACUAUAUUACGACUACGAACGCCAAUCAAAUUCACCAGCUCCAUCCGGACGAUUCCACCCUAGCCCCCCCGAUCCCAAUGCACCUUCCGGAGAACAACGAGUACAGGCACAACCACGGCCACAGCCGCUCGCUCAUCCUCAACAGUAUUCAGCACCUGCACCAUCUCCACAGCAAGUGCACGCAAACCGUCAAUAUAUCUCGCCCGCCCCAGCUCCAUCACAAUCCAGUAUUUACGUCUCACAAGGCACAGGUAUCGCAACACCCUCACGCAGCACCCCAGUAAAAACGAAGUCCAUCGAAGAUGUGCGCCAACUGCAUUUGCCACAACCCGGUGGAAAGCCUCUCACCCAAACCGAAUUCCAGGCGCUGAUAGAUGCUGGCUACCCAGUAACAGCUGUACCAGUACCGGUGCCCGUUCCUUAUGAGCAGUACAUAAAAGAGCAUCCUGAAUUCCGCAAUCAACCGGUGGACUAUGCGCAGCUCAUGCAACAUAUAGCUCAGCAGUAUGGUCCACGUAGGGGACUUCAAGCUCAGGGCUCGGAGCCGACAGCAAAUGUUAUAGCUUCGUCGCCUGAUGAACAAACGGCGAACAGUGGCGGCAAUAUAACGUACUUGCGACCGCUGGCCGACCAGAAACGACAUCCACGCGAUGAAAAGGAUACAGCGAUCGCUGGAAAGGCGGAUGAAGCCAAGCAAUAAUCCUUUUAAUACUGUUCUCCAUAGCUUUUAACUGUUGGUCCCGGCAAUUUCAGAAGCAAUACCUAAGUUCUCUCAUGCGCACAACACGAUUUCGAAAUUCGAAGUGCACUCUACAUAAUAUCUCUCAACAACGGCUCAGUUAAAAGAUUCAUGCCUGUUCUCCAUUCUUCCAUUUUUCCUAUAUUUAGUUUAACAGUGGUCGUGCAACUUUCUAGCUGGAUUAAAAUUCGCCGAAGGAAGCAACGGAUCAUGCCGAACACACGUGGCCACUUACAGUUAGUAAGUCCAGUUGGCACUAUACUGCACAUUUAUUUAUAGUUAAUUAUAUGUAUGUAAUUCUUAAUAUUAUGAAUAUGUUUGUACCUAAAACACGUCUAUUGCGAACAAACGAGACGAUACGAAGUUUGAAAACCCCAAACGAUUGUAGUGAAUUUAUUAAAAAAAAACAUUUAUUGUAUAUACUAAAUACCAUUUGCAAUGCAUUUUCUGAAAUUGUAAUUCACACAUACUUAUUUCCAUAAUCGUUAUAUAUUCACACAUAUGUAACGCAUUAUAUUGAAAAUGCUGCAGAAAUUCUAAACAUAUAUACUUUUAUGUGUAAUUUUUGUAAAUUACUGAUACAAAAGUAGAAUGUAAAAUAUAAAACUGUAUCAUUAUAGCUUAA